AAAUGAGUCAUUGAAAUCUGCGAUGUAUAUCCCCAACUGUCUCUGUUUUUGUGGUCUGUAUUUCCAGAGAAAAAUCUUAGCAUUUAGAUGACAUUAUCAUCAUCAUCAUCACUUGGAUAACUGUUCUUUGUCUCUCUACUGCCCUUCACUGAUUAUGAAAGGAAUCCAAUUUCCACCUUCUUUUCUCCGCCAUCAAAAAAGUGCUACAGAAAAUCUACAAUCAGGUGAUCAAUCUUUGGUUGUCAUCAUCUGCAAAACAGUGCAAUGUUGAAGCUUCCUUACUCAUCCGUAUUUCCCGUGAACGACAAGGCCUCUUUUGUAAUAGCCUCCUUUCAUCAUCGUGUGUGACUUCUUUAUCAACUGUUCAUAACACAAGCGUUAAUGGGUUCCGUCUCUUUUAGUCAGUUUUCAACUGUCUACAGAGACCAGUCUUAUCUCUCUUUUCCCAUUUAGCUGUUAGCUGCUGGCUCUCUUUCUUGUUAUAAAAUUCUCGUCUCUGGAUUCUAAGAUUCCUUGUAGCUUUAUCUUUUCACAGUCUUUAUCAUACAAAGAAUCUUUUUGUUCUGUAAGUGUUUAUAGUUUCACUUUACAUUCUUAAACUGGCUUCACUUUAUCUGUGUAUUCUUGAUAACAUCUGAAUUCGGUUAUUAUUUAAGAGUCUAGAAAACCUGGUAUUCAAGUUGAACGAUCUACUAAAAUGCCUCCCUCAUACUUUCCUCUUCGUUGGGAGAGCACAGGAGAUCAGUGGUGGUAUGCAUCACCUAUAGACUUCGCAGCUGCAAAUGGGCACUAUGAGCUUGUAAGGGAGCUUCUCCACCUUGAUCCAAAUCUCCUCUUUAAACUCACUUCUCUUCGCCGAAUUCGCCGACUUGAAACUGUGUGGGACGACGAGGAACAGUUUGAUGAUGUUGCAAGGUGUCGCUCUCAUGUGGCAAGAAAACUACUUCUUGACAAUGAAACAAAAAGAAGCCACAAUUCUUUGAUUCGUGCAGGCUAUGGUGGCUGGCUUAUCUACACUGCUGCCUCAGCUGGAGAUGUGAGCUUUGUUAAAGAAUUGUUGGAGAGAGACCCCCUUCUUGUUUUUGGAGAAGGAGAAUAUGGUGUUACUGAUGUUCUAUAUGCCGCUGCUAGGAGCAAGAAUUCUGAGGUUUUCAGGCUAGUUUUUGAUUGUGCAAAUUGUGUCUCGCAAGGAGAAUUGAGUGAGAAUCAAUCGGCUUAUAAGUGGGAGAUGAUGAAUAGAGCUGUUCAUGCCGCUGCUAGAGGAGGGAAUUUGGAGAUUCUUAAGGAGCUUCUUGGGGAUGGUGCUGAUGUUUUAGUAUUUAGAGACGCGAAAGGAUCUACCAUUCUUCAUUCAGCCUCUGGGAGAGGGCAGGUUGAGGUAGUGAAGGAUCUUAUUGGAUCCUAUGACAUUAUCACUGCCACAGACAAUCAAGGGAACACAGCAUUACAUGUGGCUGCUUACAAGGGUUACUUAGGUGUGGUAAAGGUUCUGAUUGCCACAUCUCCCUUGCUGAUCCCUGUCACAAAUAGUUAUGGAGACACUUUUCUUCAUAUGGCAGUUGCUGGUUUCCGGACUCCUGGUUUUCGAAGAGCAGACAGGCACAUUGAGCUCAUGAAGCAGCUGGUAUAUGGCAAAAUAAUGGACUUGCAAGACUUAAUAAAUGUCAGAAACAAUCAUGGAAGAACCACACUGCACAUGGCUGUAGGUGAGAACAUUCAAUCUAAUCUGGUGGAACUUCUCAUGACAGUGCCAUCGAUUAAUUUGAACAUCCAGGAUGGUGAUGGAAUGACCCCAUUAGAUCUGCUCAAGCAACAUCCAAGAUCAGCAUGUUCUGAAAUUUUAAUCAAACAGUUGAUUUCAGCUGGAGGAAUCUCCAAUUGUCAGGAUAAUGUGACUAGACAUGCCAUUGUUUCACAUCUGAAAGGACAGGGUAUAGGUAGCAGUCCUGGAUCUUCUUUUAGGAUCCCUGAUGCAGAGAUAUUCUUGUAUGCAGGUUUUGAGAAUUCAUCGGAUGCUAGUUGUGAUGCAGCAAGUGUAGAGUACAGUUCAUGCCGUAGUGAACUAAGCGAUUAUGACUCAAGUAAUUCAUUGAAUUAUAAGAAGUUGAGUUCUAUUAGUCAUGCUGCAAGGCGCCUAAAGUUUCUUCUUCAGUGGCCAAAGAAAAAAGAGAGAAAAAUUGCUAGCUCAGAGAUGGGAGUUGAUGAUCCUUUUGAGGCCUCCAGUGUGGAUCAAUUUUGGGAAAACAGUCCCAUUCCACUUCGACAGAAGUAUUCAAAAUCUGUGUCUUUUCCCAACUGCAAAAGGGAUUUUUCUUUGAGAAGUGACUUACCAAGUCCAUCUGUUAAAAAGAAAUUCACAGCAGGGCUAACACAUGGUGUGAUUCAAGCAUUGCCACAUUUACUUCUUCCAGUUCAUUCAUCUUCAAGUCCUUUAUCAGGGUCAUCAAUGUCUUCACCUUCUGCAAUGGAUAAAGAAAAGGGUGUCGAUAUUUCAGAACCCUCUUGCUCAAAUCAGCCAUUGGAUCGUAAAAUGCCUCAAAUGCACCAAAAACAGAUUUCCUUGAAUAAGAAGUUGAUGAAUCAAUAUUUCUGUGUUGGUGCACAAGGCCUAGGAGUGGAAGUUCCAAGUAGCUUCAUGAGGCCAGACAGAAGUUACAAGCAUGUCAGCUCUUUAGUUGCUUGAUCUAAAUAUGUCAAAGUUCUGAUUAUGCUUUAGUGGGGAUAAAGUACCCAGUUUGUGACACUGAAAAUUUGGCGUCGACAGUUCGGAAAUUUGAAGUUUUACAAGAAGCAUACAACAGGAUUGGCUUUGCUUUACAAAAACUGUUAUUUAAUCUUGAGAUUUUCAUCCUAUCUGGCUAGGCAUUUUGUUGCAUCAUCUAAACGUAGAACAGUUCCUCUGCAUGUCAAAUGAGCUCGGUUGCAGCUUUAUUUAAUCCUUU